AUGGCGCGUAAUGCCGUGGCUGAGGCAGCUGUCCUGGAGAAGCACCGUCUCUCCCUGCACCUUGCCGCGAGCUACCUUCGUGGAACCUUCCGAGGAGUGUGCAAGAAAAUCGACCACUUCCCCGAGGAUGCAGAUUAUGAGCAAGACACGGCUGAGUAUCUCCUCCGUGCAGUGAGAGCAUCCAGCAUCUUCCCCAUCCUCAGCGUGGGUCUGCUGUUCUUUGGGGGCCUAUGCGUGGCGGCCAGCGAGUUCUACAAGAGCAAACACAACGUCAUCCUCAGCGCCGGCAUCUUCUUCGUCUCUGCAGGUCUCAGCAACAUCAUCGGGAUUAUAGUCUACAUCUCGGCCAACGCGGGGGACCCAGGGCAGAGCGACUCCAAGAAGAGCUACUCCUACGGCUGGUCCUUCUACUUCGGAGCCCUGUCCUUCAUCAUCGCCGAGAUGGUGGGGGUGAUUGCUGUGCACAUGUACAUCGAGAAGCACCGCCAGAUCCGCGCCAGGUCCCACUCGGAGCUGCUGAAGAAGUCGGCCUUCACCCGCCUCCCGCCCUACAGGUCCCGCUUCCGCCGGCGGUCCAGCUCCCGCUCCACCGAGCCCCGGUCCCGGGACAUGUCGCCCAUCAGCAAGGGGUUCAGCACCAUCCCCUCCACCGACAUCUCCAUGUUCACCCUCUCCAGGGAUCCCUCCAAGGUCACCAUGGGGACGCUGCUCAACUCGGAGCGGGACCACGGUUUUUUACAGGUCCAUAACUCCAUCCCCAAAGAGUUCAAGGAGUCUUUGCACAACAACCCGGCCAACAGACGAACCACGCCGGUCUGAGGCGGGCAGGGGCAUUUUGUCAGGCUGCAUGACAUCAUCCUCGUGACGGUGUAACCCGUGAAAUCCCGUUUUUAAGGACAAACCCAGAUGGCUCCCCGUGCCCCUACCCGCGGGGCUGGUUUUUCACUCCCAAAAUGCCACUGGCCAGGCCAGGCCACUGUGCCCAUGGUGGGACCGGGACCCCUGC